CCAUAUCGUUCACUUGAUCCACGGAGCUCCAAUGCACCCCCCACCAGGUUUUGCACAGUCCCCUAUAAGCUCACCCGCUCAUUGGAAUGUUGCCCAUGAUGCCGGAAAUAGUGCUGUUCCUCAAGGCUUUUCGGUCGUACAAACUGCCCUACCUGCGGUCCAGCCUGUAUGGAAACAUAGUUUUGUGCCUGUGGCAUACGCCGAUCACUGGUCGUGUGAGUAUGAACCGGUUACAUGGAUCACCAAUCAUCUCGUUCCAAACCCACAACAAGCGCAACGACAAGGAACUGGUGUGUGGCUACGGCCAGACGCGGUUCCAUCUCAAUCAGCUUAUUCGGGCGGCAGACACAGAGAAUCACUGACACGAGAGAGAGUGCCCUACGAGCAAACAGAUCACUCUAGAUUUCGUGAUCCAUCCAGAGCAAAUACCAACCUGAAAUCAGAUGGUGCCGCUGACGCCUCUAAAGUUCAACCACAAGUCGUAACGGCCUUGGACGGUACUAGAGAUUCAGUGCCAGACCCCUUGCAGAAGGGCAAUGCUGCAAGGAAACGUAAAGGAUUGAUCCCAGCGCCUAUUGUCAUACCUCCAAGAAGUUUCAAUCCGAGCGGAGUAGGGAUGAAAGGCAAGUCUUGGCCAUACUUUCCGGCAAAAGAUGAGGAAAGGAUCGUGAACAGAGCAGGUAUUACAUCCGAGGAAACUCAACUCCCGACACAAAAUCAGGAAACAAAAAUUGAUCGAGCCGUAAACAAAGCCGGGAAUGCAUCCGAUUCCCACCAAACACAGGGUCAACACGCGCCGGACCUGGCAUUACCGAACUCUGCGAAGGAAAAAGAAAGUGCAACCGAUCAGGUUCGGAAAUCUGACUCCAGUGAAUAUUCGCUUCCUCCACACAAGACUGUUGCAGAUGCUGGCAGAGGCGAUCACCAAAAUAAAAUCUCUCAAACAGGAAAUGAUAGGGUCAUGAACAUUCCCAUUGAAUCAAUCAAGACAGGUAGGGAGGCUCACAUUGAAGGUAAAACUACAGCUCCAACCCCAUCAGCUCAAACUCAAUUUGACUCCGAGAACCACUUUGGAAUCCCAAUAAAUGCUCCUGUGCUGGCUCCUCAAAGCAGCCUCGGGCCUGCCGAGCAUGGAACACAACUGGUCCCUUCUGCGGACUCGAAGAAGACAGAACCUAAUCUGAAUAAGAAGGAUGUCUCCCAAAGUCAGAGAGGCGAAUCAUCAGCCUCUUCUGAUAUGACGUUGAACGAAAAUCAGAGCCCUAAAAAAGAAACUAUUUCGCCGAUGAAGGCUCCCAUUAAAUCGACCAAACCAAGCAGUGAGGAGAGCGUUGGAAGUCAAGUUGCGACUCCGACUACCCACGCAGAUCGAAAUCACUUCUCCUCAGAGAACCACUUGGGAGUCCCAAAACAAGAUGCUGGGGAAACCCCUAAAAUCAGUCCCGGCCCAGCAGAAAACGGAAUACAUGUGCCAGCUGCCGUACAAUCUUUCAAAAGCGCGCUUUUGAAAAACACUGUCACUUCUGACGCCGGGAAGAAGACUGAAGGAGAGGAACAAAUGAUUGAACAAACCAUUCCGAAUCUACGGGCUCAUUCAAUAAACGCUCAGGAUACCAAGCCUGGUAGAAUAUCUUCAAAUCAUUCGGUCAAGUCGAAGCCGCAAAAUUUUCAAUAUCAGCCCGUCCUUGCCAAAAAAAUUGCAAACUCUCAGGCUAGUAAAAAAACUCCAAUUAUCGAUCCUAUUUCCGCUGCAACUGAAACCAAGGGCCAAAAACGAAAUAUAAAAGAUAACCCACUAAAGAAAAAGAUUAACACGAGUACUUCUGAAGUUCAAAAUGACCCGGGUGGUGCUACCUUGAAGAAUCGAUUCGAAAAAAUUGCAAACAAGGAUACUCGGGCACAAGAUGGGACUGCCCUUGGUUCGAAAGACAGUCACCUGAGAUCAUCUGAUAUGGACUCCAAGCCUGAGAUUGAUUCGACAUUGCUGGAUCAAGAAGUCCCUCGCAAAGAAACAUCUGCACCCGAGAAUCAAGAAGCCCAUCCAGAAAAGGUCGAGAGUACAAUUACAAAGUCAAACCAAAGUAACAAUGAGAAUGAGCAGAUGGCUGCGAUUUUGGAGAAGGGAAACGAAACUCCUCCAGAACACUCAAAUAAAAGAAAAAAGAAAAAGAAAUCCAAAAGCCCAAAAACAAGCCCAGACAAAUCCGAAGCUAUCGAAGCGCAUGAAGAUCCGAGAAAUGUCAUUACGGAUCCAGAAAAGCAGGUUCCAGACAAAGAUGACGAAACCCAGGAAGCAGCCAGAAAGAAAGUAGAAGUCAAAUUUGACGAACAGCGCAAGCUCUUAGAGAUGGAUUUCGAGAUGAAGAAAUUGAAACCAAAAAGUCGACACCGCUUGGAUGAAGAAGCGAGUCUUUACGAACGAUUGUACUUAGCCUUUCACCCUGGAUCAAAUCUUGCUGAAGAUGAGAUUUUUCCGGGAAUCAAGAGGCCUAAACCUACCUAUAAGCUUGUUGAGGAUAAGGCCAUUGACCCCCCCGAAGCGGAUCCACAACACAAGACAGAAGAAGUCGAUGAUCCAAAUCUCAAGAAACGGCUCGAGUUCUGGGACCCUGAAUGGGUGCAGACGUGGAAGAGCAGAAACCUGGACUUGAAUCUAAUGGAUAAUUUAUCGCGUCAUUUGAAAGUGAAAGACAAAACCCCAGACUUAGCUUUGGAAGAUAUGAAGCUUGAUAGAUACCAGCUUUUUAGGGACAUUUGUUCCCAGAACCAGAAGAAAUUCAUGCAGGCUCAGUUCUGGAUCAGUGGCGAUGAGAUACUUGAGGUCGACGAAACUAAACGACGAAUGAAAACGACAAUCAAACAGAUUUCUGAACUCACGAUCCUCGAAAACUGGAAGCUCAUUGGGCCUGAAUUGAUUAACAGGAAACUUCUGACAAGGAAGGAGGUCGAAAAGAUCGAAAGUUUCUACAACCUCUCAAUCUAUUUUCCAAAUCCAAUAAACUAUUUACCGAAGAGGCCACUUGGAGCCAUCAAAGAUAAGAGGAAGGAUGUCUUGGAAGACAUCGAGAAAUCCUUAGGAAUCGACCACUCCAUGCGACCGAAACCAUUGCCAAUCCACACUUUUCCAGACAAGAGUCCGAUUUCGAGAUCACGACGGGAACUUUAUGAGAGCAGCAGACACAAUGGAGUCGAUAUAAUCACAGUCUUGUUUGUAGCAAGAUUAUAUAAUGCCGGCCCUCAGGCGAAAGCAAGCCUGGCCAAAAUGCUGGAAGAAUCCACACGAGACGAAUUGGUCCCAUGGCACAUUUGUGCCGAAAGACAUUGGCUGAUCAAAUACUUUAAUGGUACUGCUUGAUUUUGGCUGGCUAAGCAGAUAAUAACUUUUCCGCUGUCAUUUCGUAUG